GGCGGCGGGAGCGGGAGAGGGAGGCGGCGGCGGCGGGAGCGGCUUCUGCCUCGGCUGGAGACUGAGGCGAAGGCAGCAGCGGCGGAGGAGGUGGAGGAGAGGCGAGGGUGAAGGCGAUGGCGACGCUGGACACAUGAGGCCGCGACCGGCGGGACGGGCCGAGGCCCGGCGGAGGAGGCGGCUCCGGGGGAACCCGCCGCCGGAGGGAAUCUGGAAAAAUUGCAAUCAAAACAUCAUUUCUUUAAGAAAAUUUUGGGUAACUGAAGUUCUGGACAACAGGGCAUACCAAUUCAGUCACCAUGAGCUGGAGCUUCCUGACUCGCCUGCUAGAGGAGAUUCACAACCAUUCCACAUUUGUGGGGAAGAUCUGGCUCACUGUUCUGAUUGUUUUCCGGAUCGUCCUUACAGCUGUAGGAGGAGAAUCCAUCUAUUAUGAUGAGCAAAGCAAAUUUGUGUGCAACACAGAACAGCCGGGCUGCGAGAAUGUCUGCUAUGAUGCGUUUGCACCCCUCUCCCAUGUACGCUUCUGGGUGUUCCAGAUCAUCCUCGUGGCAACUCCCUCCGUGAUGUACCUGGGCUAUGCUAUCCACAAGAUUGCCAAAAUGGAGCACGGUGAAGCAGACAAGAAGGCAGCUCGGAGCAAGCCCUAUGCAAUGCGCUGGAAACAACACCGGGCUCUGGAAGAAACGGAGGAGGACAACGAAGAGGAUCCUAUGAUGUAUCCAGAGAUGGAGUUAGAAAGUGAUAAGGAAAAUAAAGAGCAGAGCCAACCCAAACCUAAGCAUGAUGGCCGACGACGGAUUCGGGAAGAUGGGCUUAUGAAAAUCUAUGUGCUGCAGUUGCUGGCAAGGACCGUGUUUGAGGUGGGUUUUCUGAUAGGGCAGUAUUUUCUAUAUGGCUUCCAAGUCCACCCGUUUUAUGUGUGCAGCAGACUUCCUUGCCCUCAUAAGAUAGACUGCUUUAUUUCUAGACCCACUGAAAAGACCAUCUUCCUUCUGAUAAUGUAUGGUGUUACAGGCCUUUGCCUCUUGCUUAACAUUUGGGAGAUGCUUCAUUUAGGGUUUGGGACCAUUCGAGACUCACUAAACAGUAAAAGGAGGGAACUUGAGGAUCCGGGUGCUUAUAAUUAUCCUUUCACUUGGAAUACACCAUCUGCUCCCCCUGGCUAUAACAUUGCUGUCAAACCAGAUCAAAUCCAGUACACCGAACUGUCCAAUGCUAAGAUCGCCUACAAGCAAAACAAGGCCAACACAGCCCAGGAACAGCAGUAUGGCAGCCAUGAGGAGAACCUCCCAGCUGACCUGGAGGCUCUGCAGCGGGAGAUCAGGAUGGCUCAGGAACGCUUGGAUCUGGCAGUUCAGGCCUACAGUCACCAAAACAACCCUCAUGGUCCCCGGGAGAAGAAGGCCAAAGUGGGGUCCAAAGCUGGGUCCAACAAAAGCACUGCCAGUAGCAAAUCAGGGGAUGGGAAGACCUCCGUCUGGAUUUAAUCCUGGCGGGCUUAAAACCUGUGCUUUUCAUAGUUUAUGGUAAGCAGCAGCUCACUGAAUAAUGACUUCCAUUGAGUAAACAUUUGGGUCUGGUUAUCUUCAGGGAUGCUGUUGGUUCAUGAUCCAAGCUCAGGGGACUCUGGAGGCGGGGCUGGGCUGAGGGGGAGAAAGGGAAACACAGUGCUCCCGGGCACAUGUUCUUAGCAAUAAUACAGUUGCAGAACUUUACAUUUGUGUCUUCCAGAUCUGGAGAAGAACAGACAUAUUUAAAUCAUUCUUGUUGAACAGUUUUUGUAUGUACAGUAUUAUGGUACUUUUUUUUUAGUAUGAGAACUUUUUUUGUAUUUGUACAUUGAACUGCUGUAGUUAUACUUUUAUAUUAAAGGGGAAAAAGUCCUUAUAAGUAAUGCCUAUUAGGCUAGUGCUAUUACUUUGUUCAGCAAAUUCUACCCUGGCUUUAGAGUUUUUAAUAGAUGCUACACCUAAUAAAAGUGCCUCUCAUAUUGCAGGAACGAUUUCAGAUAUGUAAGGAGACUGAAGAGGAGAUACCAGUUUUUAGUCUUGGAAAGCGAGUUCACAGUAGAAGGAUGUUGAGAUCUUUCUUUUACGUGAGAAAUCUUUGAAUCUCAUUCAUGCGAUCAGAGUUGUAGCCAAUUUUUGAAAACCUUAUUUUCAAAGGAAAUAAAUGAUUCACUAUAGGAUUCUUUUAAAUAUCAAGCAUCACCAGUAUAUGCUUUGGUGGUAUGUGUAUAUAACUUAAAGUUCUUUCAAAAGCCUGAUACAGAAACGUGUCCCCAGUUUGGUAGCAAUGUGGAAAACCUGGCUAGAGAUGAUGUGGAGCUGUCCCUCAGAAAGCAAAGCCAUGCCUGGAAUCCCCAAUAGGAUGCUUAGUUGUGAACCUGUUUGAUUUGCCUUCAGCCUCUAUCCAGAAACCUGCCCGUUUCCCUCCCUCUGGUUAAGAAGCCAGUGGUGGACAUUUUCUUUGUUAACAUUAGAAAUGCAAACAUUCCCUUGUCAACCAAGAAUACUCAGAGCUACUUGUAUUGGAAAUAGCAGAAGGCCUAAAUCCAAAUUUCUUAUUUUUUAUAAUUUACCGUAGAACUUUUGUGAUUAAAUUCUUACUUCUGCCAGUGGAGGUUUAUGCCUGAAAGGUCAUGGGGUCCUGUCUGUAAAUAGACCUAAACAGAAGUGCAGUAUUUAUUCCUUGUAGGCAUAAUGUGUUUGUCACUGACAAGCAUUCAUGUUCAUCCCACUAGUCUUUUAUUGUCAUUUUCAACCUUAUGUUGGAGAGCCUUUCUUUCUCAUGAUGUUCACAUUAUCUUAAGUUUUGUGAGCUUCUGAGAAAGAGCUUGGUAAAGGUUUAUAUCUUAAUUGUAAAAUGCCAGUUCUCCAUUAUUUAGAUGAAUAGUAGAACACUGCACCCUUUGUGCAGUGUUUUUCUUUGUUUCUCUAUUGCAUUCCUACCCCCACCAAAAAAAGAAACUUAAGGACAUUUUUUUGAGACAGGGUCUCCCUCUUUCACCCAGGCUGGAGUGCAGCAGCAUGAUCUCAGCUCACUGCAGCCUCUGCCUCCCAGGCCCAAGCGAUCAUUCCACCUCAGCCCCCUGAUUAGCUGGGACUACAGGCAUAUGCCACCAUACUUGGCUAAUUCUUUUUAAAAAAUUUUUUUUUAGAGAUGAGGUCUCACUAUGUUGCCCAGGCUGGCCUCGAACUUUUGGGUUCAAGUGAUCCUCCCGCCUCAGCCUCUCAAAGUGUUAGUAUUAUAGGCGUGAGCCACCAUGCCCAGCCUAGAAAAUUUAACCUUAUCUUUUAGCCAUUCAUUUACUUUUAUUUGCUUUUUUAAAAAAAAAUCUUUAAAUUUUAGCCUAGAGAAGCACCUCAGGAACUCUAAACAUCUUAAGCAAAAAUUAAACUCAGGUGAGACUGAAGGAGAAAUUUCAGAAAGUAAUACACAUGUACAUCAUGGGUAAUUAAUAGACAUGCACAGUUUCCUUCAAAUCAAAUGUUUAAUAAGGAAAUUCAUAUAAUUCCAAGAAAACAGGCAAAAUUUUGGAUACAUAAGCCUAGCUAAGAUAAAGAACUACCAGUUAAUUCUUAACGUCACUGGAGCUUCCAACAGGUUUUUUAAUUGAAGGACAAAGAGUAUCCAUACAUUUGUGUUAUCUCUUCAGAGCCUGAGGGAGAAGAGAGUGGCUUUGCCAGUGGAAAGGUUGGGGAUUUGAGAAUGAUACAGGGGGAAGGAGUCAAGCAGAAAUGCCCGGAAGAACCAGGCAAAGACAUUUGGCGCCAGAAGCAUCCACUUAGUUUCUAUGAAGAGUGCCCCUGGUGUUUCAUCUUGGCCUGUUUUGAUGAGAAUGUUAUCUUUUGUGUCUGGAUAACUCAUCAGCUUCUUAAAUACAUAUAAAGAUAUUCUGUCACCUCCCCACAUGCACAUACUUUUAAAAUCUAUUUUUAUUCUCUUGCUAAAGUUGUAAUUAUGUCAAGAAUUUUCCAGCUCUAACUGCCUUCUUAGUACAUGUCUUUCUGCCUUUGAAGCAUAUGAGUUUGCCAAAGUCAUUUUCCCCUAAUGACAUAUUGUGGACUUACAUUAAGAAAAUGGGCCAGGCGCGGUGGCUCAAACCUGUAAUCCCAGCACUUUAGGAGGCCCAGGCGGCUGGAUUACCUGAGGUCAGGAGUUCAAGACCAGACUGGCCAACAUGGUGAAACUCCGUCUCUACUAAGUACAAAAAUUACCCAGGCGUGCUGGGUGGACGCCUGUAAUCCCCGCUACUUGGGAGGUUGAGGCAGGAGAAUUGCUUGAACCCAGGAGGCAGAGGUUGCAGUGAGCCGAGAUCACACCAUUGCACUCCAGCCUGCAAGACAGAGUGAAACUCUUGUCUCAAAAAAAAAAAAGAAAAUGAGCCUAUUGAUGUCUAGCUAACCCAUUGGUGGGGUCUGCAUUGAAUCUGUAAGAAUAUUGUUCUGGAACAUGCAGGUGGGGUUUGUAUAAAAAGCCUGUCCAACAUUUAGUUCCCACCCCCAUCAGAAUCAUACUGUUUUGAAUUGCCAUAUAAUAGACAUGCUCCAUCAUGACACUUGUUUCUCCUCUAAAUACAAGUUGAGUGCUUAGUCCUUCACCUGCUAGAAUCAGGAUACAAUCAACAUGAUUAUGUUCCUUAACACACUUGGAUUUAUGCAGAUGUGGUGUGUCCUUUGCUCUUCUUUAUUUUCUUAAGACGGAGUCUUACUCUUGUCGCUCAGGCUGGAGUGCAAUGGCGUGAUUUCGGCUCACUGCAACCUCCGCCUCCUGGGUUCAAGCGAUUCUCCUGCCUCAGCCUCCCGAGUAGCUGGGAUUACAGGCACGACCACCAUACCCGGCUAAUUUUUUUUGCAUUUUUAGUAGAGACAGGGCUUCAUCAUGUUGGCCAGGCUGGUCUCCAACUCCUGACCUUGUGAUCCGCCCACCUCAGCUUCCCAAAGUGCUGGGAUUACAGGCGUGAGCCACCGCGCCUGGCCUGCUCUUCCUAAAACCCGUUAUUCAGAAGAUUUGUAAAAGAAAUAGGCUUUUUUUUUUGGUUAAUUCAAACUUGAGGGGAAAAUUAGCAUUUUCCCCCAAAGAAAUGUUAAUGUUCAUUUUGUGGCUUUGUUUUUGCUUAUUAUUUAGUGUGUUCACUUAAAGCCACAAGUAUGUUACAUCAUUUGAAGUCAGUUUUUCUGGGGAUUUUCCUUGACUAAUGUCUAUAGAAUUAUUUGCUCUUGAUAAAAAUUAACUUUGCAAUCCAGAAUGAUUUUCACAGUUUAGGACUUCCACAUAAUGUGUUUUUUUUUGGAAGGACAUCUGUAUCUUUAAAGGGGAAAAAAAUCAGUAUUAGGUACUUUAUUAACUCAUUUAUUCAUGACAUGAAAUUAGGCAGAUCACUUUACUUUUUCAAGUUUCAGGAGCCAUGUACAUCUCAAGUAUUACGAAGUGAUUAGAAAAGGCCUCUGGUAAAAGGCGUUCAAGGACCAACCAUUAUUAUCGGUCACUUGUUUGAACUUGGCGCUUAAAAAGUUGGACUGUGAUGCUUUGGUGCUCUUUAUCACAGACAUCAGUGAUGGUCUGAAACACUCUCUAGCAGUUGAUACCAAGAAUGGACUUACAUGUUAUCAGUUACACUCAUGAUUUACUCGUUCAGCUUCUACAAGUCCAUACUUUAUGCUUUCUGUCUCAUUUAAGAGACAGUCCACUUCUGAAAAUAACAUCGAUAGUUGAUACAUUUUUGGCUAGCCAGCUUUAUGUAAAAGGCAAGUAUGUUAGACAUGCACAGUUUCCUUCAAAUCAAAUGUUUAAUAAGGUACUUCAAGAAACGCCUUUUUAAAAAUCAAAGGUUUUGGCCAGGCGUGAUGGCUCACACCUGUAAUUCCAGCACUUUGGGAGGCCAAGGCGGGCGAAUCACAAGGUCAGGAGUUUGAGACCAGCCUGGCCAACAUGGUGAAACCCCGUCUCUACUAAAAAUACCAAAAAUUAGCCAGGCGUGGUGGCGGGCACCUGUAAUCCCAGCUACUCAGGAGGCUGAGAUGAGAAUCACUUGAUCCCAGGAGGUAGAGGUUGCAGUGAGCCAAGAUUGCGCCAUUGCACUUCAGCCUGGGCAAUGAGUGAAACUAACUCUCAAAAAAAAUAAUAAUAAUAGUAAUAAUAAAGUCCCUGCAUGCAGUUUGGAAAUAAAAUUUAAACUUAUCUAUAUAUAAUAAAUAUGUAAUAAUUCACAGUCACCAUCAAAUGUUGGAAUCAUUGAAUUGCAUACUUGUACUCAUUCUGGCCACAUCAUGAAGAGUUUAAAGAUUUGUAUUUGCUGUUGUCCCUAUGUAGUUCUGUUGAUGUUUGGUUUUGUUUUUUGGGGUUUGUUCUGAGCCCAGGCUGGAGUGCAAUGGCACAGUCUCAACUCACUACAGCCUGGACCUCCUGGGCUCAAGCAAUCCUCCCACUUCACCCUCCUAAGUUGCUGGGCUGGAGGUGCUUACCACCACACCUGGCUAAUUUUUGUAUUUUUUGUAGAGACAGGGAUCUCACUAUGUUGCCCAGAAUGGUCUCAAACUCCUGGGCCCAAGCAAUCCUCCCGUCACAGCCUCCCAAGGUGCUGGGAUUACAGGCAUAAGCCACUGUGCCCAGCCUGUUUUUAAUAAUGAUAUUAAGUGGGUUUGGUUCCUGUGUUAUUAAUCAACGUUAAAAAUCGUACUUUUUUAAAAAAGAAACCAUGGUAUUCUAAAAUCAGGAGUCCAAAUAAAAGAAAAUUCUCGGCUGUGCGUGGUUGCUAACGCCUGUAAUCCCAGCACUUUGGGAGGCUGAGGUGGGUGGAUCACUAGCAGUCAGGAGUUUGAAACAAGCCUGGCCAACAUGGUAAAACCCCCUCUCUACUAAAGUACAAAAAUUAGCUGGGCAUGGUGCUGCACACCUGUAAUCCGAGCUACUCGGGAUGUUGAGGCAUGAGAUUUCCUUGAACCCGGAAGGCAGAGGUUGCUGUGAGCCGAGAUCACGCCACUGCACUCCAGCCUGGGCGACAGAGUAAGACUGUCGCCAAAAAGGAAAAAAGUUCUCCAGUGCAGUUUCUACAGAGUUAAAAGAAGUAAUAGUUCUGGCUGGGUGUGGUGGCUUACGCCUGUAAUCCCAACACUUUGGGAGGCCAAGGCAGGUGGAUCAUAUGAGGUCAGGAGUUCGAGACCAGCCUGGCCAACAUGGCAAAACUGUCUGUACUAAAAAUAUAAAAAUUAGGUAUGGUGGCACGCGCCUGUAAUUACAGUUACUUGGGAGGCUGAGGCAUGAGAUGAGAAUCUCUUGAACCCAGGAGGCGGAGGUUGCAGUGAGCUGAGAUUGCACCACUGCACUCCAGCUUGGGUGAUGAAGUGAGACAAAAAAAAAAAAGGUACUAAUUCUGCAUUUCAGAGUUGGCUUGUUGAACCAGGCUAUAUGCUUCCAAGAUUUAAAAUAUUUUUCUGUAUUAUACUCUCAAUUGUGUUUUUCAAAAUCUCUUACAGAAAUCUACCUCAGGCACUAAAUGUUAUGACAUGGGUAGCAUAUUGAUAUCGGAAACUUAGCUAGGACUUCCAGCCUUUUAAGAUAAUUUAAAUGUAAAAUUAAAUGGUUAACCAGCAAUCUAAUGUCAUGUGGUGUGCAGUUUGGAUAUUGCAUGAACAGCUAAGGAAUCACCUGUUCUAGUGCCAAAGAUCACUCAUUGCUAAUUUUGUUCUGUACAGCUUGUGUAAAACUUUCAUGGUGGAGACGGACUCUGUGUGCUCAGGGCCUUGUCUCUAGGAAGAUUUUGUCAAUUCCAAAUACAGUUUUGAAGAUUCA